GAAAAAAAACUCCUCGCGGGAAAAGUGAAAAAAUGGCGACGGUGUCAGUUUGAAGUUCAGCGGCAAGAAAAGACAGAGACAGAGAGAGACAGACAGAGACAGAGGACAGGGACAGAGAUAGAGGACAGAGAUAGACAGAGAACAGAGUCAGAGACAGGGGACAGAGACUGACAGAUAGCAGUGGACCGAGGCAAAUAGACAGAGAGAGACAGAGACGUACAGAGAGACAGAGACAGACUGAGGACCCGGAGGGACAGACCGCCCGUCCGUCCGCUGUGUGCCGGUGGUUCGGAGGACACAGAGAGCUGGACCCGGUCCGGACCAGAGGAGGAGGAUGUUUGAAGACCUGAUUGAAGCCCUCUGUGGUUUGGAGCCUCAGGUGUCUCAUGUGGGCGGGGCCUGUCGGGAUGGGCGUGGUUUGGAUGAGGAUGAGGGGGCAGGCUCAGGUCUGAGCGUGGGCCAGUUCGUUCUCUGUCAUUGGUCAGAUGGACUGUAUUACCUGGGGAAGAUCCAGAGGGUGAGUCCCCCCAGACAAAGCUGCUUCGUCACCUUCGAGGACAACUCCAAGUUCUGGGUCCUCUGGAAGGAUAUUCAACACGCUGGAGUUCCGGGGGAGGAGCCACGCUGCUCCGUGUGCCGAGAGGUGGAGCCAAACUCUGAGUGUCAAUCAAACCAGAUUCUGAUCUGUGGGAAGUGUGGGAUCGGUUUCCACCAGCAGUGUCAUGUUCCUCCAGUAGAAGGCAGCCUUGGUCUCAGUCCGUGGUUCUGUAGACGUUGUGUCUUCGCUCUGGCUGUUCGGAAAGGGGGCGCUCUGAGGAAAGGUCUGAUAGCCAAGGCUCUGUCGGCCAUGAAGCAGGUGUUACCGUAUCACCUGGACUCUCUGGACUGGGACUCUCAGCACAGAACCAAUCAGCAGCAGUGUUACUGCUAUUGUGGAGGCCCUGGAGAGUGGUAUUUGAAGAUGUUGCAGUGUUUCCGGUGUCAUCAGUGGUUCCAUGAAGCCUGUACUCAGUGUCUGCAGGACUCCAUGAUGUUUGGAGACAGGUUCUACCUGUUCCUGUGUGCGGUGUGUAAUAAAGGCUGUGAGUACGUCCGCCGUCUGUCUCUGAGAUGGGUCGACCUCGUCCACCUGGUUCUCUACAACCUCUCAGUGAGCAGCAAGAAGAAAUACUUUGAGCUGGACGAGAUCCUGUCCUUCGUUUCUGUCCACUGGGACCAUCUGCAGCUGGGGAAGCUGUCUAACACUCCUCCAGCAGAGAGGGGGCAGCACCUGCUGGACGCUCUCAAUAAAUACAAGAGCAAGUUUCUCUGUGGGAAGGAGAUCAAGAAGAGGAAGUGCAUCUUUCGUUUGAGGACCCGAGUCCCUCCCAACCCCCCCUCCAAGCUUUUUCCUGAGCGCGCUCAGAACGACGGAGCACGAGGCCGAAAGAAGACGGUGACCAGUGGUCCAGUCGAGAGGAAGAAGAAGAAGUCCAAGUGGCUCCUGGAGGACGCUAUUCCUAACAACGAGCUGUCCUUCAGCUGGACGUCCAACCACCACAUGGCCAACAUCUUUGACUUCACCCUGGACGAACUGCACAGCCUCAAAAGUAACUCCAGUAGAACGGUCAGUAUCGAUCAGGAUUCAACCGACGCCUCCACCUCAGGCUCUGCCACGACCAGCACCUCCUACCACCUCAGGAGAAGGGUGGGCAGCAGGAAGAGGAAGUUGCCAAGCAACAACUACAGCCAGUGGACCAAUCGCAGCGAGGCAGGGGAGGAGCUCGGUGAAGAUCCGGCUGGUAUCUCAGAGGACCAGGAAGCAUCAAGCCCCACCCACCUGACCAUAGACCCCUCCCACCUCCUCUCAGACCCCUCCCAGAUCCCCUCUGACUCCUCCCACCUCCACUCGUCCAUCUCAUCGUACUUUGGAGCAGCGGGCAGACUGACCAAUGGAGAGCGUUGCCAGGUGUUGGCUCGCCGUGUCACAGCUCAGGGGACGGUCCAGUAUCUGCUGGAGUGGGAGGGGACCACACCUUAUUAGGACGUUACCACGGCGACUCACAUGCUCUGACUCCUCCUCCCAGUCUGUCUCUAUGGCAAUAGCCCUGCCUCUGUUUAAUCUGAGGUCACGUUUAGUUUUUAAGAUGGACACCUGUAAACACCUGUCCCAGCAGGUGUGUCUGGAAGGGGGAGGAGUCAAAGUUGAUGGUCCUGUUCAAUCAGUGUUAAGAGACGUUUAAUCCAACCAAAUGUUGACUCGUUGAUGUGUUGACUCAUUGACGUGUUGACUCAUUGACGUGUUGACUCAUUGAUGUGUUGA